CCCCCGCCCCACGUGACUGACGCCCGCGUCCCGCAGGGGUGAACCUUCGGCGCAAACAGGCGGCCAACUUCACGGCGGCGGGACAGCCCCGGCGCGAGGAGGCGGUGAGCGCCCUAUGCUGGGGCGCGGACGGGGGGGCCCAGAUCCUGAUGGGCUGUGCCGACCGGACAGUGAGGCACUUCAGCAUCGAGGAGGGCAGAUUCCGGGGCCAGAGGCACUGCCCCGGCGGGGAGGGCACGUUCCGAGGCCUCGCCCAGGCGGACGGCACCCUCAUCACGUGUGUGGAUUCCGGGGUUCUCCGAGUCUGGGGUGACAACGACAAGGAGACCUCCUCCGACCCAGUCCUGGAACUGAGGGUGGGCCCUGGGGUGUGUAGGAUGCGCCAAGACCCAGCGCAGCCCCACGUGGUCGCCACAGGUGGGAAGGAGAAUGCUUUGAAGGUGUGGGACCUGCAGGGGUCUGAGGAGCCUGUGUUCAGAGCCAAGAACGUACGGAAUGACUGGCUUGACCUGCGAGUUCCCAUCUGGGACCAGGACAUACAGUUCCUCCCCGAGUCGCGGAAGCUCGUCACCUGUACAGGGUACCACCAGGUCCGUGUCUAUGAUCCAGCCUCCCCCCAACGCCGGCCAGUCCUCGAGGCCACCUAUGGAGAGUACCCGCUGACCGCUAUGACUCUCACUCCCGGGGGCAACUCGGUGAUUGUAGGAAACACUCAUGGGCAGCUGGCAGAAAUUGACCUUCGGCAAGGGCGCCUACUGGGCUGCCUGAAGGGGCUGGCAGGCAGUGUCAGAGGGCUGCAGUGCCACCCUUCCAAGCCUCUCCUAGCCUCCUGUGGCUUGGACAGAAUCCUGAGGGUACACAGGAUCCAGAAUCCACGGGGCCUGGAGCAUAAGGUCUAUCUGAAGUCUCAGCUGAACUGCCUUCUUCUGUCAGGCAGGGACAACUGGGAGGAUGAGCCGCCAGAGCCUCCAGAGCCGGCUAAGUUGUCCUCGGAAGACACAGAGGCAGAUGAACUUUGGGCCUCCCUGGAGGCAGCUGCCAAGCGCCAGCGCCCUGAUUUGGAGCAGACAUCAGGGGUCUUCCCAACCCGGCGGAGAAAGAAGAAGCGGCCUGGCUCUGCCAGCCCCUGAGGGGCCUGAGCUCACUUUGUAAAUAAACAGCUGACACCCA